CGAGUGGAAGCAGCCAAGGACACGUAUACCUUAAAAGCGACCAACGAUGCAAAGCCCCAACAGCAAGCCACAGUUUGGCCCCUGGCUGAUAGAGCAGGUAGAGAGUGGGCAGUAUGAGGGUCUGAGAUGGGUGGGCCUCAACAAGUUCAGAGUCCCCUGGAAGCACAACUCCAGGAAGGACUGCUGCGAUGAAGACAGCAAGAUAUUCAAGGCUUGGGCAGAGGCCAGUGGGAAAAUCAGCGAAAAUCGACAUGACAAGGCAAAGUGGAAGACCAACUUCCGCUGCGCUCUCCACAGCCUCAAGCAAUUCCGGAUGCUGGAUGACCGCUCCAAGGAGUCAGCUGACCCCCACAAAGUCUACCAGAUCAUUGACUUUGAAUAUAAUUAUGAGAACCAGCACACAGAGAAAACCCCUGGGCCCCCUGACUAUCCACUGAUUAAGAACAUGUACAAUACAGAGCAACCCAUACAGUUCAUUCCUGAAGACAUGCAGCAGCAGAACUUGUUAAAUCACAUGGUCAACAACCUGACGCUCAACAACCAACAGCAAGAGGGAAAUAUGUGGGAGGAUACUACAGCAUACAAUAUCUCAGCUGCACAGAAUAUCUACCCCACUCAGCCUCUCCCUGUGGACCCCCAGUUAAUGACCCAGAACCACAUGCCGGUCCCUGUGCCACCAUAUUAUUUGAACCAAGGUGCAGCACUAAACCAGCUGAACCUGCCCACCAUCUGUGACCUGGAGAUCACUGUCCACUACCGGAGCAAGGAGAUGCUUACUAUGAUGGUACAGAGCCAGCGGGUACAGCUCCACUACCUGUGUGAGGACCCUAUGCUGGAGGCCCACCCAAUCUGUCUUCCUAGCACCGAGUCUCUUGUGGACCACAAACAGAUCAAAUUCACUCAGGAGAUCCUCAAGAGUGUCCAGCGAGGCCUCUUACUAGAAGUGCGGCACACAGGCAUCUACGGCAUUAGGCAGGGCAAGUGCCAUGUCUUCGCUAGCGACACUGAUGGGACCCAGGCACGUCAGCCGCACCCCAACAAGCUGCCCCAGAACCAAGAAGUGCUGCUGCUCAGCUUUGAAAAGUUUAAGAGGGAUGUGUGUGAGUUCCAAAUGCAACGACAGGGAUCUCCAGACUACACCAUCUACCUGUGUUUUGGAGAGAAGUUCCCCGAUGGGAGACCCCGUGAGAAGAAGCUGAUCACCGUAAAGGUUGUGCCCAUAAUCUGUCGUUAUGUCCAUGAGAAGGCUCAGAUGGAAGGGGCUUCCUCUCUGCAGAGCGACAACAUCAGUCUACAGAUCUCCCACAACAGCCUGUACGACCUUAUUCACUCCACCUUCGACCCCCCAACUGCCUUCCACUGAGGAGUGUACUCACUGCUGGUAUUGCCACUCCCAGAGACACCUAAAACUACACUCUAUAACCAGUGUGUCCCCUUAACACUCAAAUGCACAGAGCAUGUCUCUUUCUUUCUUUUCUUUCUCUUUCUGUCUCAUUAUCCCUGCCUGAAGACAAGAUCAAAAUAGGUGUGUCCCACCAAACUGUAGCUUACACUAGAAAACACAGCAGGUGAGUUAAGCACUUAAGUGUAGUUUUUAAUGUAUUGCGAUGCAGUGUCUCACUUCUACAGCUGGUAGGCAAUUAGGUUAACAUAACUACUUACUUAACCUUCAUUUAAUUGGAUAAUUAUCUCUUUUAAGACAUAAUGAGCUGCCCCAUUUACAAAAAACAUGC